CGUCUCUGCAGCCAAGUUUUGGUCGGAUAUACAAAGUUUUUAAUAUAAAAAUCGUCUUCUUGAUAGCCAUUGGCGUCUUUGAACUUGGAUCUCUUAUCUGUGCUGUCGCGCCAUCGAGCACUGCGCUCAUUGUGGGAAGGGCCAUUGCUGGUAUGGGAGUUGGAGGUAUCUUCUCGGGAGGUCUGGUGAUUAUCGCGCAUUGUCUCCCUCUACAUCAAAGGCCCAUGGUCUUCGGUGCUUUCGGAGCCAUGUGGGGAUUGGCUUCAAUAGCUGGUCCACUGUUGGGAGGCGUCUUUACUCAACAUGUCUCCUGGAGAUGGUGUUUCUACAUUAACCUCCCUAUUGGGGCCUUCUCCGUAGUAGUCGUCCUCUUCGUGCUCCAUCUCCCUCGGAAUCCAGAAGACUCCAGCAAGAAGUACAUUGACCGCAUCAAGGAGCUCGACCUCAUCGGCGCCUCGAUCCUUAUCCCGGCCAUUAUCAUGCUCCUCCUUGCCGUCCAAUGGGGCGGCAACACCUACCCCUGGAACAGCUCGCACAUCAUCGGUCUCUUCGUCGGCGCAGGCAUCAUGCUCAUCAUGUUCGUUGCAUCGCAGAUCUACCUCGGCGACAAAGCCACAAUUCCACCACGUAUCCUUAAGCAGCGCACCGUCGCCUCAGCCGCCGGCUUCGUCUUCUUCUUCGGAGGUGGCAUCUUCGUGCUGAUGUAUUAUCUGCCGCUCUAUCUCCAAGCUGUCAAGGGCUCCUCGCCAACCAAAUCCGGCAUCCAGAUCCUCCCGCUCAUGCUCGCCGCCGUCUUGACCUCCAUCCUUGCCGGAGUCUACUGCCAAGUGGUAGGCGCCUACGCCCCAGUCAUCAUGUUCAGCGCGGCACUGAUGACCAUCGGCGCUGGGCUCAUCUCGACGUUCGAGGUUGAUACCGUAUUUGGCAAGUGGUUCAGCUACCAGAUCAUUACGGGUCUGGGUGCAGGUGUCGGCUUCAAUGUUCCGCUCGUCGCGGUGCAGACUGUUUUGCCCAUGGAGGAUAUACCAAUCGGAACUGUGACAGUUAUGUUUUUCCAGUCUCUCGGUGGCGCCCUCUUUAUCGCAGUCGGCCAAUCAGUCUUCCAGAACGGAUUCAUCAAAGGGCUCGCGCAGCACGCAUCCACUCUCCCGCCGAAGCUGAUGGUGAAUACCGGCGCGACGGCGAUUCGAGGAGUGUUGAAGAACAUUGGACAGGAGGAUCAGCUGCAUAACGUCCUGGUGGCGUAUACCGCAGGGUUGAAGGAUACCUACAGGGUGGUGGUAGCGGUUACCGCGAUGUCGUUCUUGUGUACCUGCUUCAUUGAAUGGAGAAGCGUAAAGAAGGGUCCUGGAAGGGAGGUGGUUGUUCCGGGAGGUUAGGUGAUGUAUAAAAGGUGUGCUUAAUGUGCGGAAUCUACACUCUUCUCCUUAUAGAUUUUCAAGCAUGAUUAGAUAUGGGUAAUUUUCCUCCCUAGACGCACAAAGUGGUUAGAUGGGAACAAUAGAGUUGACUGAGCCCCUCUAAUUUUAUAUUGAAGUAU